AUGUCUCUUUUUUUUUUGACUUUUGCUUAUUCUUCUUCUCUUAAAUCAUUCUUUCUUUCUUUCUUUCUUUCUUUCUACACAUUUUUCUUUUACUUUCUCUCUUUCUUUUUCUUUUUCUCGUUCUUUCUUUUACUUUACUCUUUCUUUCUUCCUUCCUUUUUAUUGAUUUUUCUUUUACCUUUUUCUUUCGCUUUAUUUUUGUCAUUCUAUCUUUCUUUCUUUCUUUCUGCUAAUUUUUAUUUUUCUUUUCUCUUCCUUUUCUUUCUUUUUUCUUUCUACUCAUUUUCUUUUACUUCUUCUCUUUCUUCAUUUUCGUUUCUUUCUUUCUUUCGCUUCCUCCUCUCAACCCAUUCCUAUUCUACGCCACUUUCUCCCAUUAUAAAUGAUUCAAGCGAAAUAGAAUAUUUUAUCAUUUUCUUGACUCUUGUGUUUUUACACUUUCACUCUUAUUCCGUUUAUCUUUUAUCCUUUUCUUUCUCGCCACUCUUCUCCCUUAUUUUAUCCGUCUCUCUCUCUCUCGCUCUCUCUCUCUCUCCCCUGUUUUUAUUUCUCUUCUAUGACAUUUUCUAUUCCUUGAAAUGUAACUUCCUCUGUUUUCAUUCGGUUUCUUUCAUUUUCAUCUUUCUUACUUUCUGUCUGUCUGUCUUUCUUUCUUUCUUUCUUUCUUUUUUCUUAUACGCUUUCUUUAUUUCUUAUAAAUUUUCUAUCUUUCUUAUACCGUCUUAUAAAGUUUCUAUCUUUUUUAUACCAUCUUAUAAAGUUUCUGUCUUUCUUAUACGGUCUUAUAAAUUUUCUUUCUUUUUUAUACCGUCUUAUAAAUUUUCUAUCUUUUUUAUACUGUCUUUUAAAGUUUCUAUCUUUCUUAUAUGGUCUUAUAAAUUUUCUUUCUUUUUUAUAACGUCUUAUAAAUUUUCUAUCUUUCUUAUACCGUUUUAUAAAGUUUCUAUCUUUUUUAUACCGUCUUAUAAAGUUUCUAUCUUUCUUAUACGGUCUUAUAAAUUUUCUUUCUUUUUCAUACCAUCUUAUAAAGUUUCUGUCUUUCUUAUACGGUCUUAUAAAUUUUCUUUCUUUUUAUACCGUCUUAUAAAGUUUCUAUCUUUCUUAUACCGUCUUAUAAAUUUUCUUUCUUUUUUAUACCGUCUUAUAAAGUUUCUAUCUUUUUUAUACCGUCUUAUAAAGUUUCUGUCUUUCUUAUACGGUCUUAUAAAUUUUCUUUCUUUCUUAUACGGUCUUAUAAAGUUUCUAUCUUUCUUAUACCUUUCUUUCUUUCUUAUACCAUCUUAUAAAGUUUCUAUCUUUAUUAUGCCGUCUUAUAAGGUUUCUUUCUUCUCUUUCUUUCUAUCUGUCUAUUUCUCUUUCCAUUCCUUUCAUUCCGUUCUUCUUUCUUUCUUUCUUUCUUUGACCUUCUGCAUCCAUUCUCCACUAUUACACCUCCUCCUCCUCCCUCCUCUUUUUUUUUCUCUCCUUCCCUCCUCCCUUCCUUCCUACAAUCCCCAGCUGACCAGAGUCUUAUCGCUCUUAACCGGCUUGGUUGUCAUAGCAAUCAGACUAAAGUAA